CCCCAGGCCAGAGCCUGUGCGCUUCUGUGUGUCUGAUAAUCCAGCGGGAUUUUAGCGACUGUUGCGCACGAGAAACACAUGAUCCGAUUACUAUCACCUGCAAGGACAAUCAGAUAAACACACGGCGCGGACAAGACGCUGAUUUCACCAAAAAACCGAGUGGAAUUCGUGCUGUAUUUCUGUCUCUUGCUGGGGUGAGGAUGAAGCUGCCGGACUGCAGAAAGCGAUGCGGGAUGGAUGGAGAGGAUGGAGAAAAGGAGCUGGCUCUCCCUUUAAAAAACCCUUUUGUACACGAGUUAAGGUUUACACCUCUCCAGAAACUCAAGCUGGGCGUGAUGACGCUGACCCUGUUCCCCGUGCGUCUCUUCUUCGCCGCGUUCAUGAUGCUAUUGGCGUGGCCCUUCGCCUUCAUCGCCACCGUAGGACGCAGUGAGAGCAGCGUCGAGCCUCAGUGCUUCUGGAGAAGGGUGGUGGACGUCGUCCUGCGCCUCAUCAUGCGGGCCAUGUGGUUUGCAGGUGGCUUCCACUGGAUUAGGGUCAAAGGUCAGCGUGCACUGCCCGCCCAGGCGCCCAUCAUCACCCUCGCACCGCACUCAUCCUACUUCGAUGCCAUGCCUGUUACCAUGACGAUGGCCUCCAUAGUCAUGAAAGCUGAGAGCAAGGACAUCCCGCUAUGGGGGACUCUGAUUAAAUACAUCCGGCCAGUGUUCGUGUCGAGGUCGGAUCAGGACUCGCGCCGGAAAACCGUAGAGGAGAUCAGACGCAGGGCUCAUUCCCAAGGGGUGUGGCCUCAGAUAAUGAUCUUUCCUGAGGGGACGUGCACCAACAGGUCCUGUCUGAUCACGUUUAAACCAGGUGCUUUUAUUCCAGCAGUGCCUGUACAGCCGGUUGUUAUUCGCUACCCCAAUCAGCUGGACACCAUCACUUGGACGUGGCAAGGUCCCGGAGCGUUUAAGAUCCUGUGGCUCACCCUGUGCCAAUUCCAUAAUGAUUUUGAGAUUGAGUUCCUCCCGAUCUACACCCCCAGUGACGAGGAGGCGAAGAACCCACAGCUGUUUGCUCAGAAUGUGCGCCGCAUCAUGGCCAAGGCGCUGCAGGUCCCCGUGACCGAUUACUCAUUUGAGGAUUGUCAGUUGGCCAUGGCAGAGGGACAGCUCAGACUGCCAGUGGACACGAGUCUGCUGGAGUUUGCCCGACUCGUCCGGAGACUGGGGCUGAGGCGGGAGAUCAGUGAGAUUGAGGGUUACAGUCGGAGAGCGCGGGAGCUGAAGGGAGCGAAGCAGAACGUAGAGCAGUUCUCUCGCUUCCUGGAGCAGCCGCUGUCUGAUGUGCUGCAGGACAUGUUCGCCCUGUUCGAUGAGCAAGAUGACGGUCUGAUGGACGUACGCGAGUUCAUCAUCGCCUUCUCUGUAGUGUGCAGACCCACCAAAACGCUGGAGACCAUUAAGCUCGCCUUCACGAUGUAUGAGAAGAGGCAGGACGGAGGAGUAACGGAGGACGAGCUGGAGUGUAUCCUGCACACGGCUCUGGGAGUGACGAAGCUCAGAGUGUCUCGGCUCUUCAGUGCCAUUGACGUGGCGAAGCGCGGGAGAGUGACGUUCGAGAUGUUCGGGAGUUUUGCCGAGCAGCAGCCCGAUUUCGCCGAGGAGUUUCUAUACGCCGAGAACACGGGCUUCUUCAGCAACUUCCUGUCUUCUGGCAUCGCCUCCAAUGGCUUCUGCGCCGACUUCUCCCCCAGCGAGCACCAGAAGGUCAACUGAAAAAGAAGAGCCAGUGCGUGAAAACACAGUUUACUCAUGACACUUGUAUUCUUUUUGCUGUUUUUUUCUUGCUUUGUUUUUUUUUUUUUGUUUUUUUUUUUUUCAAAAAAAAUUCUCCCUUUUUUCACUUCUCUAAACCUUUCCCCAUGGAAGGAUUCUGAUUUGUUGCGUCCGACAACCAAUGAAAAGGAGGAGGCGGGGUUUAAGUUCUACUAGAAUUAAAACAUGUUUAGAAAAAUCUGGAACAGAGAAAUAUAUAAAAAUACGAAUAUUCAGUUUUUAGUCCGUAGCUAGUUUAAGUCGCGUAGCUAAAUUGUUUUUUUUUUCUAGUAAACUGAAAGGUUUUUUAUGUUUAAUCAUCACAGUUACGUAUCAAGAACUUUUGUAGCUAGAGUUUCAGCUACAAAUACAAAUCUGCCUUGAGAAGGGCUUCGCUGUUUUUUGUUUGUUUGUUUAUUCAAACUCUUCCACAAGCUUCUCUUUCAGGUUGGGGUUUUUUUUUUUUUUUUUUUUGCGAAAGGGACGGCGUUCCCGGGAGCCGAACUAAGCUGAUUUCCGAUCACAGUUUACUUGAAAUCCGAGCACUUGUUUAGUUUUCACGUUUGAAAUGCUGGAUCUGAGAAUAGAACAAAAAAAAAAAAGUCCAAUCAUUAAUUUUGAAAUCUCUCUCACUCUAUAUAAAAGUGUAGAUGCCUUUCUUUAGUGUGCAUGGGUUCGAUGCUUGCUCUCGCACUAUUAUUUCACUCUCGGGUCCGAAAGCGCCAGUGACGAUCAGGUCUGAGGUGCUGGACGAUCUCAGCAGAGCUGGUCUGAUUUUUACUCUUGUUUCUAGAUCUGGUUUUUUUUUGAAGCUCAGGGUUUUGGUUAAAAUUUAGUGGGUGUGGCUUUUGCACGUCGCCAAAUGACGAUUUUUAUUUUUUUUUUUCUUUCACUCUGAUCUGGUGCCAGUGUUCAUUUCAUAUCACAAUAAUGUCUGUGUGUUUAUCAGACGCGUGUUUUAAUCGUCCUUGUUUGCUUAGUUGAUUAAUUUAUUGCGCAGUCAUGUAUCUGGAUCUCACAUAGUGAAUACUAAAGAACGAGUGAACCGACAAUAAAUGCUAAAAAGCUAUCCAGAUAACAUCGUUUUAUAAAAAUAGCGGAGUGAAACACUAACAUCACAGCUAAAACGUCCACUGCCUUAAUCAUUUCCAGAUAAUCCAAUAAUCAUAUUUAUUUUUUAUUUUUUUUCUUUUGUUUGAACUAUUCAAAUUUUCACCAGUAAUUUAUAAAAAUUUGUUUCAUUGUAUGUAAAACAAACCAAACUUGGCUAAGUUAGCUAACUAAUACUAGCUCGCAAGAUCCGUGAAUGCUAGCACUAACACCGUCUGUUUAUGGCAGGUUUGUGUUGCUACAGAAACAACGUCUGACAAUCAACAAAACACAAAUUUGAUGAGGAAAAUUCUGACAUUUAGUUCACAAAGGAUUGUGCUGUAGUUUAACGUAAAAAAAGUUUACAUUUUAGUUAAAAGAAAAUAUAUUUAAUAGAACUUGCGUAAAUUUAGUAAGUAAUUAAUUUUUUAAAAAAUUCUCCUAUGUAAAAUCAUUUUAUAAAACCAGGAUCAAUUAUUGGAUCAAUUAUUGUGAUAGGAAGCGAAAAUCCUGGCACGGCUUCACAAUGCUGUGUGUGCGUGCAAUAUUCAGCCUUUCUGCAUUAAAAUUACACACCAAAAAAACUUUCAUCUCCAUUUUUAGAUAUUUUUCAGAGCUGACUUCGUCCUGGUUUAUUCUCUCUUCUUCAACUCAUCAGAAUGAACACUAAUCUUUCCAUCGAGGAAUCCAUAAAGCUGCCGCACGCACAGUUCAGACUCUUUAAUCAGGCGUGGUUCACACACCGCUGCUACGCUGUUGGUUGUUUUCCUCCUCAUUCUUGGUGCUGGUACAAAUCAGGAAGUGACGAACAAACACGAGUUUAAUCCUGAGCAUAAAAAUAUCACCACCGCGCUCCGUCUGUCCACUUCUGCUCAAUUCUUCUGCUUUUCGUUUUGUUUUUCUUUUUUGGACCAGAAUUGCUGAAAAUGUGUUUUGUUUUGUUUUCAGUUUUGUUUGUUUUUAAUUCUCAUCUUUAGUGGAUUUGUUUUGUUUGGGUUUUUUUUCCAGGUUUGUUUUUUUUUUUUUGUUUUGUUUCUCAGGGUUUUUUUUUUAUUUAUUUUUUUUAUUCUUUAUUGUUUUGGGGUUUUUUUGUUUUGUUUCUGGACCAGUGUGCUGAAUUUUUUUUUUUGUUUUGUUUUUUUCUGCCCAAGUUUCUUUCUCAAUUUAUUUAUUUUUUUGUAUUUUAUUUUAUUCUCAUGUUUUGUUUUUUUUUUGUUUGUUUGUUUGUUUGUUUGUUUUUUUAACUGUUUAUCUCACAAUGUGAAAUGAAAUGGGGGAUAUUUAGAAUUUUCAUUCCUGUUGAUGGAAGAUAAAACUUGAUAUAUCUAUUUUUCAGAACCACCUCUUCUUGUCACUGUUGCUGUUUUUUAUUUUUUUCCUGAAGGGAGCAUUACAGAGCUGUACUUUUUUUUUAUACAAGCGAUGUUAGCAAUCAUCAUGUCCAUGUGUUUAUUUUAUUUUAAGAGACCAUGUUCCUUUUACACGUCGCCUGAAAGUAAGAUUUCAUUCAUUCGUUCAUUUUUUUAUUUUUUUUUGGGGGGGACCACGUAAAACUCUUUGGAAUAUUUUGAAGAGACUCGGGUUUUAUACGGAUUUGACGUUGCGCAUGAAUUAAAGAGCUGAUCUUCCAUCGUAGGACAUACUGCAGUUCCCGACUCCGAUGUUUUAUAGGCGACUUUUAUUUUGGGACAGAUUUAAAAAACCUUCGCUUCUGGAAAGGACAGAAUUCCGAGUCAGAGUGAAGAAAUUCCGCAGCUUCCGUUGUGUGACCUCACUCACACAGAAUCUUGAUACAAUUUCUUUUUCUAAUGAAUUUAAUGCUUAAUAUAAUUGAGAGAAUUUUAGGAUGACCUUCACAUCAAAGCUCAAAUUUCAGUUUGAAGGAGGACGAGGAGGAGGUUGUCUCUGUAGGCAACAUAUUUGAGCUCAUUUUAUUUGACUGACACAUUUCUUAAUCAUUUUUUUUUUAACAAUUCUUCUUUUUCUUCUCCUUCAUGUGAGCUUCCUGUCCCAGCAUGAUUUACUGGUUUUCUCCCUUCGCUCAGCUUCACCCCACCAUGACGAUACUGUGCAGGUGUGAAUAUUGCGACACCUUUAUGACAUUUCUACUGCCAUGAUGGAGACGUGUGAUCAGAUUGUAGCGCUGAAGGAGAUCACACUGUAUUUAUUAACAAUGCAGAUGAUUAUUAUUAUUAUUGCUAUACGAUUGUGCUAAUGGAUCUUUUUUCAUCACAUGGGGGUUCACCCAGGCCUGAGUUUCUUUCCCCUCAGUAAGAAGGUGAAUGUACAGACAAUCCGUCACGCCGCUCCGUCCUCGACGUGUUUGCUGUUGAACGUAUGACAGGACGGAGACACAGCCUGCGGGAAAAAAAAACCACACUCGGCGUUCCUCUGCGCACUUUAGACUCUCUUUUUAAAGAUUUUUUUCUUUUUCAUUCUCUUUGUUCCUCCGUGUGUGAUGGUGUGAUGAUGAUGAUUUGUCAGUGUGAAGACGGUGGUAAUCCCCUGCCUCUCCACCACAACUCUCCUGCCCCUCCCAUGCCCUUCUAAUUCCCCUCACCCACGCCCUCCCAUGCCCCUCCCACACCUUUCCAAUGGCCCCCCUCAGACGCUUUUCUGAAAAGUCAUGAGGUCAUGUUAUAAACAGCUGGAAGUAACACAGCAGCAUGUAAUAAUACGUAACGUUUUAACUUGGCUUCCUCUAACAAUACAAGACUUUUAAGUUACACAGUAGUUAUAGUUCAGCUAGUGUGUUUCCAUAGAACCCAAUGAUUUCUGAAUCGGGGCCAGGUCUGGAAUUUUCCCACAAUUCCACUGCCAGCCUCUGUGUGGUGUUUAAUAUGACCGUAUUAUAUUUAAUGAUUGUACUUUUAAUUUUAUCCGAAGAAUUUUUUCAACAGAUUCGACAAACGCUUCCAUAAAUGAAGUGAUUUUUACAGGGUUUUUUUUUUUUCCAAUCUCCAUUUUUCCCUGCGGACGAAUGAAAAACAAACAAAAUGCUAAAGUACUAAGAAACAGACCAGCUGAGUUUGAUGAAUUAAAGUAAAAUUUGUUGAUUGUCUCCGUGUUUGGGGAAUCUCCUCCGUCUUCACACGGCUCCCUGCGAAGCGUCCGGUGAGAUUUUGUACAGAUUUGAGGAAUGUUUAAUAAACGUCGCUAAAUCGUCUUCACUGCCAGUUUCGUUGCGUGACAGAUGAACAGAUUAUUGCCAUAGAAACCGAACAAAUUCCCACACGAGCUGAUGAGGGGCCCGGAGCCCUGAGGGACACAGUCAUGUUUUUGUUUUUAAAAUCCUCACCAUUUUGAACUCCUCACAGAGUUCUCAGUGACUUCCGUCCAGUCCUGAAGAGCUGAAGACGAGGGACACGCUCUGUCUCUCUGAUGGCUCCUGCAGUUUGGUUUAUUUUAUUUUUUUCUAUAUAUAUUUUUUAAAAACGAAAUGUUUCCAUGUGUCCUGUUUUGACUGCCAUGUAACGACUUAUCAUUCCAAACCUUAAAUAAAAGAAAAUUCACAACGAA